AUGCAUAUAGCAAACGCAGCAAGCAAUAGAAGCGGAGUUCUGCAAGGAAGCACUUUAUCGCCUAUUCUAUUCACUAUUUACACUGUUGGGCUGCCGGAGCUUCUAAAGGGAUGUGGGGAGGUAUGCAAGCAGUUUGCGGACGACGUUAAAGUCUAUAGGAAAGUGGAGAGCAUUGAAGACAUAAGCAGUAUUCGAUGUUUUUUAGAUUCCAUCUUGAAGUGGUCCGAUUUAUGGUGUUUACUUCUGGCUCCUGAAAAGACAGUGUUCAUGAGGAUUUGUGGCUCUACAUUGCCGAGAGCCUACAAACUCCGUGAGCAUUGUCUGAAUAAGGUCCUCGCUGUCAGGGAUCUUGGCUUCCAUUACUAUAGUAAGCUCAGUUUUUCUGACCACUAUGAGGCUAUCGUCACGAAAGCUGCUUUUCGAACCUAUCGAAAUUUCGAGGGCUUGACAGUGAAGGAUGAAAAGUCUUAA